AUGAAUGCGAAGAAAAUACGAGAGAUGGCUUGUUGGGAGCAAUUGCAUCACUUGUGGACCAAAAUAAUUCUUCUGCCGACCUUUGUUGUAGCGAAUCUCAACUCGAACAAUGAAAGCGAUCUUCAUUUAGUUGUACGGAUACGAAUUGAUACUAUAAUAAGAAGAACGCAAUGCCGCCCUAAAAUAAGAAAGUUUCUGGAACAUACUUUAUAUUCACGAGUUGAUCAAAUAUUCCUCUGGGUGACUACAAUUCUCCAUAUCCUAGAGAGAACAUACCUUGCCUCCCAAAAUGACUUUCAGCGAAUCGUUAACAAACUCCCAAGGGGCUUGACAGCUACUUACGAACGCUUUCUACUUAGCAUUCACUCGGAGUAUCAGAACAUAUCAAAUAAGCUACUGCAUUUGAUUGUUGGUAGUAUGCGCUCACUUUCGCUAGACGAACUUCGAAAUUUACUGGCUAUCCAGCCCCACUAUCGAAAUAUGGAUCAAGUCGAGGAGGAGUGCCAGCAUAAUAUUAACGAAACCAUCCAGGGAAUACUAGGUCCAUUGGUACGAAUAUCUGAUGACAAAGUAACCCUUGUGCACCAGUCUGCCAAGGAAUUCUUGCAAAACCUUUGGACUUGGAAGGAUAAUCCUUCAUCUCAAGUGUUCGGCGUUGAAAUCGAGAAAGCCAACUCUCUAUUGACUGAAGCAACGAUGUCAUAUCUUCUAUUGAAUGAUUUUGCGGUCGAUAAGUUCGCGUAUGCGACUGAUGUCGGCUCACCUGGGAGUGCACAACCUGAGGACAAGGACACUGUCUGGGACGCAUUCGAACUAGAAGAAGAUAUUACUCUCCCAGAAGUUGAAUAUACAAGCUACCAUACAUACCAGGAUAUCGCUGCUGCUCAUACUCUUUUCAAUUACUCUGCUCGAUAUUGGUCAGAGCACUAUUCGAGAUCAGGAUCAGCAAAGAUAGGUGCUUUUAAGUCUGCCUUCAGUCUACUGAACAUGCGUCAGAAUUGUUCUAAGAAUUGGUUUCAUUACUUUUGGUUCUUUUCAGAACCAGGUUGUUUAUACCCUUCCAAAUUUGAUACAUUGAUUGCCGCAUGCUACUUUGGUCACGUCGAAAUACUGGGUGCGUCAUUGGCAAGAGAUUAUAAGCACGAUCAAACUAUCACAGAGACAGCUAUAAAGGGCAACCUAGAGAUUGUUGAUGCUCUAAGAACUCGUAUUUGGCACAGCAUGACUGUCUCAAUAGCAUUACAUCCUCUGAUUGUCGCAGCUCGAUUUGGAUGCCUGGAAGUUAUCCAAAUCAAUGGUCAUAUUGAUAUCGUCAAAACAUUACUUGAAGACUCUCGCGUAAAAUUGGUCGUUCAAGAUGUAAACAAAUGGACAUCAUUCUUUUGGGCCGUUGGUAGCAAGCACUUAGAUAUCGUGCAGUUCUCGCGAAACCCCGAGACAGAUGUUAAUCAUGUUGACAAAAGAGGGCGGAACGUACUCUCUUGGGCGGCUGAAAGUGGUGAAAUCCAAAUUGUCACACGUUUAUUGACGAUAGAUCGACUGCAUUGUCAGAAUCAAGAUUUCUCUGGACGAGAUGCCUUAUCGUGGGCUGCUGCUGCUGGGUAUCUAGAGGUAAUUAAACUUUUACUCGAGAGUGGAAAACUAAAAAUAUCUGGUAGGAGACUUGGUCAUAUUUUGUGUCCCCAUAUCGCUGAAAUACCUAUACAAUAUCUAUGGGUAUAUCACUAUGGUCGAUAUAAUAGUCAGCAUGUGAUAGUCUAG